UCUAUUCCGUUUCUUCGCAUCCCGGAAGCACACCUCAUCCUCUUCGCUCUCCUCGCAUUGGUGAUACUUAUUUUGCUGUCUAUCUACAAGAACUUUGCCUUUGGACUGUCUGUGGGGGUGACAGGUCUCUACAUUGCCCUCUCCUGCUUGGCAAUGCUCUUCUUCCCAAACGCCCUCCUGCCCUACAUUCUCAUUGACCAGUUCCUCAUCCUCGCGUGGCCCCGCGAUCGUCUGCAAACUCGCCAUGUUUCGGCCUAUGGACGAAAUGGUACGACUCCCUCUUCUCUUUUCCUCAAUGGGUUUUGUUCGAGAACUCGCUGUUUGCACAUUGACGACCUUAUGGAAUUUUUUGACCGUUUUCAUUUGUCCUGA